AUGGAGCGAGUAGCACUCAUUGGGUCUGGCAAUUGGGGAUCUGCUAUUGCCAAAAUAGUUGGCAGAAAUAUAAUCAAGCAACCCAAUUUUCACAAAGAAGUUCGUAUGUGGGUUUUUGAAGAAAUCGUUUCAGGACAACGCUUGUCCCAUAUCAUCAAUUCAACACAUGAAAAUGUCAAAUACCUUCCAAACAUCAAGCUUCCUGAAAAUGUUGUGGCCGUUCCCGAGUUGCUGAAAUCGGUUGAAGGAGCUACACUGCUUGUGUUUGUUAUUCCUCAUCAGUUUGUAAAAGGUGUAUGCGAUCAGCUUAAAGAUAAGAUCAGUAUAAACGCACGCGCCAUUUCAUUGAUCAAGGGUGUUGAUGCUGGUGGUUCGUCUGGGUUGAGCUUGGUGUCAGAUAUUAUCAGAGACUCUUUAAAAAUUGAUGUUUCAGUUUUGAUGGGUGCCAAUAUUGCGUCUGAAGUUGCACAAGAAAACUUUUGCGAGUCGACUAUUGGAUACAGCAUCAAGGAAAAUGCAGAUGUCUUUCAAAAAAUAUUCAACACACCCUACUUUAGAAUCAACUGCGUUCAAGACGUGGCGGGUGUGGAACUUUGUGGUGCUCUAAAAAACGUGGUUGCGAUUGCUGCUGGCUUAGUGGAUGGUCUCAAAUGUGGCGAAAACACCAAGGCGGCCAUUAUUCGUAUUGGACUCUUAGAGAUGAAGAAAUUUGCCAAAACAUUUUAUGAGGGGAUAAAAGACGAAACAUUUUUUGAGAGCUGCGGAAUCGCUGAUGUGAUCACCACCUGUUUUGGUGGAAGAAACCGACGCCUUGCAGAGGCUCGGGUAUUGACAGGAAAAUCCUUUGAGAUGCUUGAAGAAGAAAUGCUCAAUGGACAAAAGCUACAAGGAAGUUUGACUUCACGAGAUAUCCAUGAAAUCCUUGUCCACAGGAAUCUUGUAUCAGAAUUUCCGCUAUUCACAGCUGUUUAUCGAAUCUGUUAUCAAGGGCUUUCUCCUCGAGCUAUCCUAAAUGAAAUUUAAACGUUCAUGGUACAUUUAUAC